AUGCCGAAGAGGUCCGGCGGCGACGAUCGUCCUCGGGCCAUCUCCUCCCUUCUUUCUCGACAUCGGUGUCUCUCGUCGCUGCUGCCGGUGCAUCAUGCGGCUCCGCCGCCAUCGAGCCGUGUCUCCACGCCACCGCGACCUAACCACCAACAUCGUCUGCUCCUUCCUCGCGCGGCACCGGUCGCCGGCCACCGCCAACUCCUCUUUUCUUCGCGCGAGCAACGUUCCGCCGCUAAGCACCACGGUGAGUUCUCCAUGCCUCCACCUCUAGCGACUGGCGUCGCCGCUUCUCCGGCCAGCGCCGCCUCCUCCGGCUGUAGUCGGCCUCCCCCGCCGCCACUGCCGCUUCCAGUGGCUACCACAGCCGCCGCCGACGUCUCCAGUAGCCACCGACGCCUCCGCCGCCACCGUCGGCACUUCUAG